AUGUGGUCCACAGAAGCCACGUUUCGGCCUCGUGACCCCGUGAAACCUACCCCACCGCGGCCGACCCGGCCACGCCGCAUCUCGCCACGUUCCGCGCCUAGCGACCGCGCCCGCCCGCCGGCCCCUACUCACGCCCGGACCCACGCCGGCGGCCCUAGCGCUCGCGCCCGCGCCCGGCUGGCAGCUCGACUUGCGUCCAAGCCAGCGCCGGAGCCGCCGCCUGCGCAGCGUCGCUGUACGCCCGCGCUCCGCGCCCGCCCUCUAUGCUUCGCGCCGGCGCCGCUGCGAACAGUGCCCCACGUGGCGGCCCACUCCAAUGCGCCCGCGCCCGUGUGCCGCCAAUGCCGUGACCCGCCGUGCCGCGCGCCCCGCAUUUUCGCGGCGUGCGCCGCCCACCGUGGGGUGCAGCCUCGUGCCCCGCGCCGCGCCCCCGCCAGUGCCCGCCCCGCGUCUGCUCCCGCGCGUCGGCCUCCUCGCAACACGUGUGCAGUUAUUGAGGAAUAA